AGGCCGCCGCAUUGGGCGGUAGGCGGGUAUGGGCGGCGUGGUGGCAAGCGCGCGCCGACGACAGAAGUCUUCGCCUCGCGCCGCGGUACGCGCGCGCAAGAUUAACGUACAGAAAACUGAUUUAUCGCGACCCAUUGAAAAAAUAAUCGCCUGCCAGAGGAUAUGUGAUGGAGGGCCAGGACUGGCGCGACGACUGGCACCAGCCACGCCAGAUGGACGGCGUGGUUUCCAGCCAAUUCCCUAGAGGCGGGUUCCACCUCCACUCUCUGGCGCAGCGAGUGAGCCGUGAUCAAGAUCAGCUUCCGGUUUUGCCGCCGCUGCAUAAUGUACGGGAUAAUGCAGUGUGCUCCCGCAGUACAUAUUCUCCCUUGCAAGCGCUCAGCGAGAGCACGUGUCGCGACCACGGCGCGCAGUCCGCGCCGCCGCCGCAGCCGCCGCCGCCGCGGAUGCAGGUUUCGAAUCAGAACGUGACGCUCCACCCGGCGGUGGCGCGCUGCAGCGCGUCCCUCGAGCUGGCCACUCUCUGGCGAAGCUUUCACGAACUCGGCACAGAGAUGAUCGUGACGAAGGCCGGCCGCCGAAUGUUCCCCGCUCUACAAGCGAGGCUCUCCGGCCUGCUGCCCAACGCGGACUAUUUGCUGCUCGUGGAUUUCAUACCUUUAGAUGAUAAAAGAUAUAGAUACGCUUUCCACAGCUCGAGCUGGGUGGUGGCGGGCAAGGCGGACCCGGUGUCGCCGCCGCGCAUCCACGUGCACCCCGACUCGCCCGCCGCCGGCGCGCACUGGAUGCGCCAGCUCGUGUCCUUCGACAAGCUCAAGCUCACCAACAACCAGCUCGACGAUAAUGGACACAUUAUCCUCAACUCGAUGCAUCGCUACCAGCCGAGGCUCCACGUAGUGUACCUGCCGGGCGAAGGCCACAGUACCGCUCCUGGUACGGUACCGUACCGUACUUUUAUCUUCCCUGAAACCGGUUUUACUGCGGUCACGGCUUACCAGAAUCAUAGAAUAACGCAGUUGAAAAUAGCGAGCAAUCCGUUCGCUAAAGGAUUCCGCGACUGUGAUCCUGAUGAUUGUCCCCCAGAGCAGAGUUCGCAACGCGGACCUGCGCGACGUCGUGAGCCCGCGCCGGAGCCCUACCCGCUGGCGCAGCCCUACGCCGCCGACCCCAGCGCCAGCGGCCCGCUUUACGCUGCGCACGCGCACCCAGUACGGUACCAACCACACACUGGCCACAAUAGUGCAUACACAGCGUAUUACGCACACAGAUAAACAAUAUAUGUUACAGUAGUACAAUACUGUGAUAAUGUAGGAAGUUACUUAUAUACAACUCUUUUGGGGUUCAACAGCUGAUCAAUUAGAAUUUAAGUGACUUGAGCAUGAAAUGUAACUAUGGGAGAUUGUUUUUUUUCAACGUUUUUGGUACUC